GAUCAUCAUGCUCCUGGUGCCACCCUGAGCUUCCCCACGUUCCCCGCUGCCCUAGCAGCAGUGCUAUGAAGCUUUGGUUUUGUAUCGUUGAAAUGAAAGAACGAGAAGAGAGAAGGUUUUACCUUGCCUAUGAAUUCAUGUCCCCUGAAAAGCUUUAACCACUGUCUGCCAUCAGGUGGCAGCAGGACAUUCCCAGUGCGUUGGGAGAACGGGUUUUUUUUCCUGGUAGCUACAGCUUCCAGGGAAGGGAGGGAUGAGUUGUUCUGUGCUGCUGCUGCAGCACUUGGUGUUUCACUACGUUUCCUCCUGUUGAGGUCUAACAGCUGCAUUCUGACAAAAGCAUUCCCUGGGGCAGGAGCAAUGCACUGCCUUACUGCAGGUGAAGCAGUGCAGGGAUUUCUGGCAGGGCUGGCAGCUGGUGGGAACCCAGGAGGGGAGAAACUGGUGGGCCCUGGUUCAGGCUGGUGGGAAGGGAGCAAGAGAACAAUCCCCAGAUAUUCCAGGAGUAUUUAAAGCAGACAAACCAGCUGCAAGAGCUCUAUGAAAACGAGACUGUCUUCUACGUGUAGAAGAGUACAUAACUCAAAGUAUGCCUCUCCCUUUCCAGCAAGAAAACUGCCCUUGAACAAUUAAAACAUUCAGUACCAUGCAACACUCAGCUGAGUGAUGAGCCCUGCAAAGAUAUCUGUCAGCAGGCACUGCAGGCUCUCACCCUGCAGCUGAACCCAUUAGCAACCAAAUCCUCAUUGUUUUCCUGGUAAUCUGCUAUUCCUUUCCACUGAUGAAUGCUUAAUCCCCUUUUAAACAAAUUGCCACAGCAGCUCUGGCUCAUUGCACUCACAGCAAACAGGGUCAGCCUGAGCAGGAUGCAGCAUUUGGGGUGUAUCUAAUGGGGUGCUGCUCCUACCUGUGCUGAUGCCAGGGCUUUGCCGUUGCCUGUACUCCCCAUGGAAUGUUUGCACUCAAAUAGGAGCCAGAGAAACGGACACUCCUUAGGCCCUUCAUUCCAGCUGGCGACCAUGGCUCCAAACUGGACACAGCCAGGACUUGUGCCAAGGUGAUGAUCGAGCAGCCCCGUGUGCUGGCAGAUUGCUAUUACCACGGCUAUGUGGAAGGCAUCCUGGACUCCACGGUGACUCUGACCACCUGCUCUGGGCUCAGGGGACUGCUGCAGAUUGGAAACUUGAGCUACAGCAUCGAGCCCCUGGCAGCUUCCUCCACAUUUGAGCACCUUCUCCUGCAGAGGGAGGCAGUGGUUCCUGGGACAGUGAUCUACAAAACACUCCAAGGAGGCAGGCGAUUUCCAGGUCGUGGGACAGCACCCAGGCAGUUCCAGCCAUGGGGACGCACGCGGUACUUGGAACUCAUGGUGGUGGUGGACAAGGAGGGGUUUGACACCUUCGGCACAAGUAUAACAAAUGUGACACUGGAGGUUAUUGAAAUAAUCAAUCUGGUGGAUGGACUGUUUUCCUCUGUCCGCCUUCGUGUGUUAUUAACAGUACUGGAGAUUUGGACAGAGAAGAACCCUAUCAGUAUCACCAAAAACAUAACUCAGGUCCUUCACAGCUUCAACCGCUGGCGGAUUCAGCAUGGCCCUGCACACAUCAUGCAUGAUGUGGGGUGUCUGUUUGCCUCGCUGGACUUCAGUCGCAGUACAAGAGCAUUGCAUGUGGGCGGUGAAUCAAACUUUGCCAGUGCAUGCAAUAGACAGCACUCCUCUGCUGUUGUAUCAUUUGCAAAACACACUUACAUUGAGACUGCUGUCCAUGUCGCUCAUGAGUUAGGAUAUGUCCUUGGCAUGGAGCACGAUGAUGAACACUGCAGGUGUGGAAAUGCCUCUAAAUGCAUCAUGAACCCAAAGAGCACAGUGAGCUAUGGAUUCAGCAACUGCAGCACAAAGUACUACUUUGAUUUUAUAACAUCAGGGCAAGGACAAUGUCUGAAUAACAUCCCAUCUUCUAUAGCAAGAUUCGUACCUCAGCGCUGUGGGAACGGUGUCCUGGAGGACAGGGAGGAGUGUGACUGUGGCACAGAAGAACAGUGUAAAUCAGACCCUUGUUGUGACAAUACCUGUCGAAAGAAAGAAGGAGCCAUUUGCACUUCUGGACAGUGCUGCAAGGAUUGCAAGCCUCUUCCAGAAGGAGUAGUGUGCAGGAAGAGCACCAAUCCAUGCGACCUGCCCGAGUACUGCAAUGGGACAUCUGAGCAUUGCCCAGAGGAUGUGGCCAAGCAGGACGGAACCAGGUGUGCUGCAGAUGGAUACUGCUAUUCAGGCAAAUGCAGAUCUCGCACGUUACAGUGCAAGGACAUCUUUGGUGAGAAAGCACAAGCUGCUCCACUACAAUGUUUUGAGGAGCUGAACACAAAAGGGGAUCGCUUUGGCAACUGCUGGGGAGAUGGCACAGCUACCAAAUUUCAGAAAUGUAAGUUAGAAAAUGUCCUUUGCGGGAGGGUGCAGUGCACUAAUAUUAGACAUCUGCCUCAGACAGAAGAUCACUCAACCAUCAUCCAAACCCCAGUGGGCGAUACCUGGUGCUGGGGCACAGAGUACCACGUGGGCCUGGACACUUCAGAUGCUGGGGUCAUCAAGGAUGGCACGCGGUGCGGAGAGAAGAAGAUCUGCAUCAAUCGGACGUGUGUCCCUGAGGAGAAGUACCUGGCAUCUCGCUGCUCUGCCAACACAACCUGCAGAGGAAAAGGCAUUUGCAACACUAAAGGAAACUGUCACUGUAACAACGGUUGGGCACCUCCCUUCUGCCAGUAUGCUGGUUUUGGGGGAAGCAUCGACAGCGGGCCUACCCCAGUCACAAGAAAAGGGCUUUUUAAGUCCAUCGUCAGGAUUACCAUACUGACUGGCACUGUUCUGAUACUUGCAGCACUUGCCAUCGAAUACAUCAGAAAGCUUAUAACAACCCGACUGUUGAGCAGAUCUGCUGGACGGGGCCAGUCCAGACAAGGGGGUCCUAAGAAAGAAGAAAGCAAAUCCAAACCAGCUGAGAGUUAAAACUCCCCAGUGUAGGACUCAAUCAGCAGCAGCUGGGCUCAGUCACUAACUCCUGACACAGCUGCAGUGGACUCAUUUAAAACUGAUCCUACAUAAGUGUACAGUUUGGGAAGCUCAGUUUCUUUUCUGCAGGAUAGCAAAAUGAAAUUGUUUUGAUAGAUCUCAGUACAGAAAAAAAAAAAUUGACUAAAAU